CCCAUUUAGUCCAAACACGAAAAUUCGCGUGGAUAUCCACCGUAACGCGUUUGCCCCGGCGACAUCAAAUAUCUCCUCCCAUCUUUCUGCCCCUCCGUCUUCUCUUUCCUCUCAUCUCUCAUCCUCCCCUCAGCUCCUGUCUUCAGGACAUUCUUUCUGUGACGAUUUCUCCUCUCAAUCCUCUCUUAUACAUACCUAAGCCUUCUUUUCUCUACUACCCUAAUAUUAUUUCCAUAUACCCUUUGUUCUAGUUUCUUUCUCGUUGUCUAUAACCUCACUGUCCGAAAUGUUUGUCUACAAGAGAGACGGACGCAAAGAACGCGUGCAGUUCGACAAGAUCACUGCUCGUGUGUCGAGGCUGUGUUACGGACUGGACCCUGAGCAUGUCGAUGCCGCUGCCAUUACUCAGAAGGUCAUCUCUGGUGUCUACCAGGGUGUCACCACCGUUGAACUCGAUAACCUGGCUGCCGAAACUGCUGCAUACAUGACUGUCACACACCCUGAUUACGCCAUUCUCGCUGCCCGUAUCGCCGUUUCCAACCUCCACAAGCAGACUAAGAAGCAGUUCUCUUUGGUCAUCUCAGAUCUCUACCACUAUGUCAACCCCAAAAACAAUGCUCCUGCACCAAUGAUAUCAAAGGAGACAUACGAAAUAAUUAUGAAACAUGCCGACGAGCUCAACUCGGCUAUUGUGUACGACCGUGAUUUCAACUACAACUUCUUCGGAUUCAAGACCCUGGAGCGGUCAUACCUGUUGCGGAUCAACGGAAAGGUGGCUGAGCGUCCCCAGCACCUGCUGAUGCGUGUUGCCGUUGGUAUCCACGGCAGCGACAUCGAGAAGGCCAUCGAGACCUACAACUUGAUGUCUCAGAAGUACUUCACUCACGCCUCCCCGACUCUGUUCAACGCUGGUACUCCCCAGCCCCAGCUCGCCUCUUGCUUCCUCGUCGACAUGAAGGAGGACAGCAUUGACGGUAUCUACGACACUCUGAAGACUUGCGCUAUGAUCUCUAAGACGGCCGGUGGUAUCGGUCUGAACGUGCACCGCAUCCGUUCUACUGGCUCCUACAUUGGUGGUACCAACGGUACCUCCAACGGUCUUGUUCCUAUGCUUCGUGUCUUCAACAACACUGCCAGAUACGUCGACCAGGGUGGCAACAAGCGUCCCGGUGCUUUUGCCAUCUACCUUGAGCCCUGGCACUCGGAUGUCUUCGAGUUCCUGGAUCUCCGUAAGAACCACGGUAAGGAGGAGGUCAGAGCCCGUGAUCUGUUCUACGCCCUGUGGACCCCGGAUCUGUUCAUGAAGCGUGUUGAGGCGAACGGUGACUGGACUCUGUUCUGCCCCAACGAAGCCCCUGGCUUGGCUGAUGUCUACGGUGAUGAGUUCGACGCUCUCUACGAGAAGUAUGAGAAGGAAGGCCGUGGCCGUCGUACCAUCAAGGCCCAGAAGCUGUGGUACGCUAUUCUGGAGGCUCAGACCGAGACUGGUAACCCCUUCAUGCUGUACAAGGAUGCUUGCAACAAGAAGAGCAACCAGAAGAACCUCGGAACCAUCCGUAGCUCCAACCUCUGCACCGAGAUCAUUGAGUACAGUGCUCCGGAUGAGGUCGCCGUCUGCAACCUUGCGUCUCUUGCCCUGCCUACUUUCGUCGACGCUGCUCGCGGCGAGUAUGACUUUGGCAAGCUCCACGAGGUUGUCCAGGUCUUGGUCCGUAACCUGAACAAGAUCAUCGACAUCAACUACUACCCCGUCCCGGAGGCCAAGAAGUCCAACUUCCGUCACCGUCCCAUUGCUCUGGGUGUCAACGGUCUGGCUGAUGCUUUCCUCGCUCUGCGCCUGCCCUUCGACUCGGCCGAGGCCAGACAGCUGAACAUCCAGAUCUUCGAGACCAUCUACCACGCUGGUUUGACCGCCUCGUCCGAUCUCGCCAAGGAGUUCGGAACAUACGAGACCUACGAGGGAUCUCCUGUCUCCCAGGGUAUCCUCCAGUACGACAUGUGGGACCGCACUCCCACUGACCUCUGGGACUGGGACUCCCUCAAGGCCAAGAUCGCCCAGACUGGUGUCCGCAACAGCUUGCUGGUCGCCCCCAUGCCCACUGCCAGUACCAGUCAGAUCUUGGGCUUCAACGAGUGCUUCGAGCCUUACACCUCCAACAUCUACUCCCGCCGUGUCUUGGCUGGUGAGUUCCAGGUGGUUAACCCCUGGCUGCUGAAGGACCUGGUCGACCUCGGCCUGUGGUCGGACAACAUGAAGAACCGCAUCAUUGCCGAGGGUGGUUCCGUCCAGAACAUUCCCAACAUCCCCAGUGACAUCAAGGCGCUGUACAAGACGGUGUGGGAGAUCUCCCAGCGCACGAUCCUGCAGAUGGCUGCGGACCGUGGUGCGUUCAUUGACCAGUCUCAGUCCCUCAACAUCCACCUGAAGGAGCCCACCAUGGGCAAGAUCACCAGCAUGCACUUUGCCGGCUGGAAGAUGGGUCUGAAGACGGGCAUGUACUACCUGCGCACGAUGGCCGCCUCUGCGCCCAUUCAGUUCACCGUCGACCAGGAGCAGCUCAAGGUCGAGGACACCAACGUGGCUCGCACCAAUGCCGCGUACAAGAAGCGGGCUGUUGGCGCUGCCUCCAGCACGUACUCUGCUGUUCCCCGUGGCCAGGCCCCGGUCAACGGACACAGCGAGAACGGUGUCAACGGCUCCACCAACGGCAGCCCUCGGGCUCUUGCUGCUGAUGCCUCCGCUCAGGAGAACGGCCCUCAGGAGGAGGACAGCCAGCAGGAGAGCGAAGAGCGCGAGAACGACAUCUACUCGCAGCAGGUGCUCCAGUGCAGCAUUGAGAACAAGGAGGCAUGCAUUAUGUGCCAGGGUUAAGCACAUACCUCGUGUUCUUUCCUUGUCUGAUCUGGUCCGGUUUGAUUGAUUGUCUUGGCGUCAGGGUUGUAAUUAUAUCACGAGAUUGAUGGAUACUUUUUGCUUCUUGCGCAUGGUUUAUGGGAAAUGACUGUAUUUACUGUUAUGG